AUGUCACUGCAUUGUCCAAUCAUUGUCAUUGUUCGUAUUUUCCCUAAAUCCUACACUUAUAUGCAGCGUCGAUCCGGCGUGGUGCGUGACACUCUUGCGGCAACUUUAUCGGAAGAUCAAAUUGCUGAGCACAAGGAGGCGUUUAUGCUUUUCGAUCGCCGAGGAGAUGGCAAAAUUGAUUCGGCGCAAUUGGGUGAGGUACUCCGUUCACUUGGACUCAACCCAACACAAGCCGAGGUCCACAAGGCUUUGAAGGAAGUCGAUCCCUCUGGUUCUAAUCGUAUCUCGUUUGAUGAGUUCUUUCCAAUCUUCCACUCCUUUGGUCAAAGGAAGGCCAGUAAAAGUACAAAUGAGGGUUUUGUGGAUGGCUUGAGAGUUUUUGAUAGAGAAGGUAAUGGCCAGGUGUCGGCCGCAGAGCUGCGUCAUGUGCUGACAGGAUUAGGUGAAAAAAUGUCUGAAGAGGAGGUUGAUUUGCUCCUCAGUGGAUUGGAGGACAAUCAAGGCCAAAUCAAUUAUGAAGAAUUUGUGAAGACAGUCAUGUCUGGAUGAUCAUUAUCCACCCCCUUUUACAUACAGAGCUCUCUAUCAACUGUGAUUACAUGUGAUAACAAUACAGAUUAUUAAUUUAUCAUUACAAGAUGAUUUCAUAUCAAGAGGGUAUAUAUAACUAGGGUGAUUUAUGAAGUAUUAUCUAUAUAAAUAUUUUCUGAUAGAUACUUUUGUAGAAAAUAAAAUAAAAAACAGCCAAAUGGGGAUCAAGUUAA